AUGCCGAGACUCUCCCUUGUCAUUUUCAGCUUUCAUACGAUUCAAAUACACUACGACUCUCAACCAUACAGACUUGGACUCAUAUUUGCGUCAUUACAUGGCUCGCAGAUACAAAGUCAGGGUGGUACGAGGCAUCCCGCCCUCAUAGUAGAGGCUGGAUUCAACGAAUCUUAUAAUGACCUUUUCGAUGAUAUGAGGCGGUUGCCUAUCGGUGGCGAUGGGGAUAUCAAGGUUGUUAUUAUCGUGAAAUGA